AUCGUUAACGGAAAAAUGACUGGCAGAGGCAAAGGUGGUAAGGGUUUGGGAAAAGGUGGCGCUAAGCGUCACAGGAAAGUUCUACGAGACAAUAUCCAAGGAAUCACAAAGCCGGCUAUCAGAAGAUUGGCCCGCCGCGGAGGGGUGAAACGUAUCUCUGGUUUGAUUUACGAAGAAACUAGAGGUGUACUUAAGGUAUUCCUAGAAAACGUUAUUAGAGACGCUGUAACUUACACCGAACACGCAAAAAGGAAGACUGUAACAGCAAUGGACGUCGUAUAUGCUUUGAAACGCCAAGGUCGUACGUUGUACGGUUUCGGAGGUUAAAUUUCACCAUCGAAAUAUUGCUAUCGGUCCUUUUCAGGACCACAAA